CCGCGAGCGCUAGUCUACGCUGAAUUUUGCCCUUCCUAUCGUGCCAUUGUUAAUGAGAGUUCUGUUAAUGGUCCAUUUAGACAAGACGUUCCUGAUUUACUCGAGAAAGAUGGAGAUUUCCUAUUACGAAAAGAACAAGUCAAGAAAGGGUUACUGAUAGCGGUACUAUCGGUACGCUGUAACGGAGCUGUCAAGCAUUUCAUAAUUAACCAAUCCGACAAAGGAGAAUUUUAUAUUGAGAAGUUGAAAGCUAAAACAGUUGAAGAACUUGUACAAAGUCAUCUAAAAAGUGGUGAGCCGCUAUCAAAAGCGUCGCAGGCAGUCUUGAAAAGAGCAGUACCCCGUCAAGAUUGGAUGUUAAAUCAUGAAGAUAUUGUGUUUAAGGAGAGCGUAGGUCAGAAUAAUGCGGUAGAAGAAUAUGUCGGAGAGUUUGUGUGCAAUAAUAGGCCACGGCCGGUAUUUUUAAAAACUGUAGGAAUCUCGUGUAGUCGUGAGGUGCGCAGUCGAGUUAUGAAAGAAGCACGACUUCUUCGUUCGUUGCAACAUCCAAAUGUUGGCGAAAUCUAUGGCGUUGCGCUGCAUUAUAGCCCAAUUAUCCUCGUUUUAGAGUAUUUUUCGAAAUCAUUGCAUACCCACCUGAAACAGAAUGCUGGACGUCUUCGAGAAGAGGAAAGACGACGAUUUAUCACCGAAACUGCUGCUGGACUAUCUUAUUUAGCAGAAAACGCCUGUAUUCAUCGAGAUAUCUCAGCUAGAAAUUGCAAACUCAAUGAUGCUUUG